AUGGGGGAUGCGCUGGGGAAUGCGGCGCUGGUGCCAUCAGAAGCAGGCAUCUCUGCCACUCCGUCAUCUUCCCCCACCCAACCCCCCUCUGUCGAUCCCCACUCCUCCACCACCCCUGCCUCUCCCCCGCUCUCUCCUACCGCCUCCCCUUCCUCAUCGCCCUCUCUUCUCAACGCCACCAUCGCACAUGAGAUGUUUGAAGGCAUGAAGAGGGAGGUGGAAGAGGAAACAGGCGCCCCUGCUGACUCGCUGCACGGCAUGCUAUUCCUGGGGCUGUGCAGGCGAAGGGAGAACGUGCGAUCGCUCGCCAUGUUUCUCUGCCACACCUCGCUCACGGCUCCAGAGGUGCUCACUCGCUACGCCUCUGCGCAGCACAAGUUCGAAUCCACUAGCCUCCGAGCCGUGCCACUGGCUGCAUUGCUGACGGAGACACGCUCCAUGCCAGGCUGUCACAUGGGCGGUGCUGUGCUGGCAUACUGCCACCUCACCAUGCAUGGCCAUCUGUCGGCCACGUAG